UCAUAUAUUGUUGAAUGUUUUGCGCAACGCAAUAAUCCCCUCCUAUUGCGAUCAAUAUCCGUCAUUUCCCUGAGCAUCGUUCCUUCAUCUGCCUUCAUCGUUCUUUUCGUCCCAGCACAGCAAUCGAUUUGUGCAUUAAAAACAACAAAAACAAACAACAAACAACAAAAAGUUUGACAACUUUUUAUUAACGGGACUGAAAAGCGUUCAACUAAUCAUCAUAAUGACAUACGGUGGUUCAUCUGGUGGUUAUCGUAGCGGUGGUGGAGGAGGAGGAGGUUCAGGUAGCAGUGGUGGACGUACUGGAGGUGGUGGUGGCAGUAGUAGUGGUCAAAGAAACAGCUAUGGAAAUAAUGGCGGUGGUCGUUUUAACAAUAGCCGUGGUGGAAGUAAUAGUGCAAACGGUGGAUCUCGUUUUGGAUCAGCCGGAGGAGGUGGUGGUGCUCGUGGUGGUGGUAAUAAUAACAAUAAUAACAACAAUAAUAGUGGAGCUGGUAAUGCACUACGUAAACCAAAUUGGGAUCAUGAAAAUCUUCGUCCUUUUAAAAAAGAAUUUUAUGUACCACAUGCAAAUGUAUCAAAUCGUCAUCCAAAAGAAGUUGAAUCAUUUCGUAUUGAUAAACAAAUGACAUUAAAAGGUGAUAAAAUACCAAAUCCAAUUCAACAUUUUGAAGAGGGUAAUUUUCCAGAAUAUGUUAUGCAAGGACUUAGAAAACAAGGUUUUUCUGAACCAACAGCAAUUCAAGCACAAGGUUGGCCAAUAGCAAUGUCUGGUGGUAAUAUGGUUGGUAUUGCACAAACUGGAUCUGGUAAAACACUUGGUUAUAUAUUACCAGCAAUUGUACAUAUUAAUAGUCAACAACCACUUGGUCGUGGUGAUGGACCAAUUGCAUUAGUACUUGCACCAACAAGAGAACUUGCACAACAAAUACAAACAGUUGCUAAUGAUUUUGGUUCAUUAUCACAUGUACGUAAUACAUGUAUAUUUGGUGGUGCACCAAAAGGUGGACAAGCUAGAGAUUUAGAACGUGGUAUUGAAAUUGUUAUUGCAACACCUGGUAGACUUAUUGAUUUUCUUGAAAGAGGUACAACAAAUUUACGUAGAUGUACAUAUUUAGUACUUGAUGAAGCUGAUCGUAUGUUAGAUAUGGGUUUUGAGCCACAAAUUAGAAAAAUCAUUGAACAAAUUAGACCAGAUAGACAAGUACUUAUGUGGUCAGCAACAUGGCCAAAAGAAGUUAGAAAUCUUGCUGAAGAAUAUCUCACAGAUUAUACACAGCUAAAUAUUGGAUCAUUACAAUUAUCAGCAAAUCAUAAUAUUUUACAAAUUGUUGAUGUAUGUCAAGAACACGAAAAAGAAGCAAAAUUGGGAACACUCCUCCAAGAAAUUGGUAAUGUCAAUGAUGAUGGUGGAAAAACAAUAAUAUUUGUUGAAACAAAAAAAAAGGUUGAAAAUAUUACAAGAAAUAUACGUCGUUAUGGCUGGCCAGCAGUUUGUAUGCAUGGUGAUAAAUCACAACAAGAACGUGACUAUGUUUUAAGAGAAUUCAGAAAUAAAAAAGGCUCAAUUUUAGUGGCCACUGAUGUAGCUGCUCGAGGACUCGACGUUGAUGAUGUCAAAUACGUAAUCAAUUUUGAUUAUCCAUCAUCAUCAGAGGAUUAUAUACACAGAAUUGGUAGAACAGGACGUUCAUCAUCAACUGGUACAAGUUAUGCAUUUUUUACACCACAAAAUAGCCGACAAGCUAAAGAUCUUGUUAAUGUAUUAACUGAAGCUAAACAAGUUAUUAAUCCAAAACUUGCUGAACUUGCACAACGAGGUGGUGGUGGAAGUGGAAGUGGUGGAUAUGGUGCAAGAAAUCGUUGGGGAUAUGGUGGUAAUGGUGGUGGUGGUAGUCGUGGACGUGAAAAUACAUUCUCCGGUCAACAUAAAAGAUUUGAUAAUGGUCGAAGCAAUGGCUACGGUAACAGCUACUAAUUAUAAAUUUUAUUAUAAUAAAAACAACAACAACAAUGAAGAUACCGUUAGUUGAACAUCUAAAUUUAUCAAUAUCAUUCGAUAAAUUUUAUCAAUGUCUUUAUGACUUUAAAAAUUAUCAUUCUAUCGGUUUAUCGUAAAUUUAUUUAAUCUAAAUAUUAGCUGUAAUUUUUUUAUUUAUACUAAAGACCGUAAUUUUUCAUCGGAAAAAACAAAAAAAAAAUUUCAUUUUUCUUUAUUUGAACUAAAAUAUAUUAUAUUAAUAUUAUUAUUUUUUUUUUUUUUAAUUUUAAUUAUUUAAAAUUGGCGUAUUUAAUGUGCUUUAGGUUUAUUUGCAAUUGGUGAUUUAGUUAGAAAUCAAUUUAGUAAGAAAAAUAAAAGAGUUAAAUUCUCGAUGAAAAUAAGGAAAAAAAAAAAAUAUAAAAUAAAAAAAGAAAAACGAUGAGAUAAUAAAUAAUAAAAAAAAAAAUAAAAAAAAUGAGUAAAUGUCUUCUUUUUUUCUGAUAUAAAUGUGUAUUUAAAAAUCCAUGACUAUUCGACUUUUUUUUCUUUGUUAUCUUCUUGUGAACUCUUCAGUAUUCAUUCCAUUUUUAAAAAAAAUUUUUUUUUCUUGAAUGGUCAUGUUUAAAGUAUGUAAUAAUUUUUUUGAAUAUCUGUCAAAUCGAUGUGCACUCAAUUUAUUAAUACCGUAUAUCAAUUAUUAAAAUAAAAAGAAUGAAAGUAAAAAUUAAGAAAAUUUUUGUCAUGUUUAAUUAAGAAUUAAUAUUAAAAAAAGAUAAAAAAAUAAAAAAAGACAAUUGACCUGAUUAAAUAAAUAAAUAAAAAUUAAAUAAAAAAUCACUCAAAUAAAUAUUGUCUUUUUCAUUUUUUUUUUUUUUUUUUCCCACGAACAUUUACAGCCUUUAAUUCAUCAGUUUGAUUUAGAAAAUAAAAUAAGCCUACUUUGGAAAAGCUAUUUAGCCAACACCUUAAUAUUUAAAAAAUUCAUAAAUUGACAAUUUAAAAAGAUGCUGAUCCUGAUGAAUUAUUAAUACAACUGGCAAGUCAUUUCUAAAUAAUGAAAUAUCUUCCUGAGAUUUUUAAAUAA